AUGGCCGCUCUUCCUACCCACCACGAUUUGCUGGAACGCCUAGAAGACUAUCGCACUUUCGAUGAAUCUAGACAGAAUGAAGUCGCUCAUUUGAUCCAAACAUGUCUACGCCUCAAUUCCGAAACACUCGUCCUACAGAGUGAUCUCGAUGACGAGAGAGCCACACGUCGCGGCUGGAAGAAGCGAGCCGAAGAGGCUGAAGCUGCCAUUCAACGCAAGUUUGUCGUCGUCCUCGUCGAUGGCGACGGCUAUCAAUUCCGAAAGUGCUUUUACGAUGCUCUUUCGGCUUCAGGCGGCUCCAAGGCGGCCAACGAAUUAUGGAUGCGAGUGGUCGAUAAUCUCAAGGCUGCUCCGACCUCAUCAGGCAUAACGUCUGAUUGUGAUGUGCUCGUCAGUGUCUAUGCCAACAAAAUCGGCCUCGCAAAAAUUCUAGUAGCCUGUGAAUACAUCAAUCACAUUUCGCAGAUUGAUCAAUUCUUUUCGUCCUUUACCCAGAGUCGCAGUCUGUUUCAAUUUAUCGACUGUGGCCAUGGCAAGGAGAGAGUCGAUAGCAAAUUACGAGAUACCCUCCGGUUCUACGCCAAUAACGCACAAUGUCAACACAUAUUUUUGGCAUGUUCUCACGAUAAUGGAUACAUCGCCGAGCUCGACAAGUAUCGUCACGAUAUCGUUGUGAUGCCGAAAGUCAUAUUGGUUCACGCUGCCCAGACUCCUUCUGCUGUCAAGGCAUACAGCGGCCUUCCGUUCAAGCACACCAGGUUUGAUAGUGUUUUUGAAGAUACAGUCUUAGAGGCGCCGGCGAGAGUAGAAGUACCAUAUUUCGUACCCGCUCCCGACCCGCCUUCUCACGACCCUCGGCUGCCCGAACAGAGUAAUCUUGACCUGACGCCCACCGUGAGUCGUUCGAGUUACUCGUCCUCCAACCCGACUGCUCCUCAAGGAUCGACGCCUCUGGCGCCACUGCCCCCGAAUUCAAAGCCUUCAACUCAGGUCAGCUCGCCGUCGUCUGUCUCUGACAUGAGCAAGACUAAACCCAACGGGACGGCCGUAAACGGGACCGGAGAGAGUAAAAAUGGAAUCCCGGUCAAUCGGUUCGGCCAGAGGAUCGAUCUGAAGAUCCGCCCUCCAACGCCUGCCGACUUGGAUAAAUUUGAUAAUCGCAUCAGUCACCGCAAACUAUGUAACGAACACCAUCUUCGGGACAAUUGCGAAUCGUACAGCUGCAGAUACAACCACGACCCGAUCGAUGCUACCAUGAAGAACACGCUUCGGUACAAAGCCAGAAGCAUCCCGUGCUCUUCCGGGGCGAAAUGCCGCCGGUUGAAUUGUUUUUAUGGCCACCAGUGUCCGUGGGGGAACAAUAACUGUGGUAACCCCAAAUGUGCAUUUAUCAAGGCCGGUUUACAUGACAUUAAGGACUUGGAAAUCGCGAGGUGCGUCGCAGCCCAGCCACUGGAUUGA